GAGGGAGUGGCUCUGAUCAGACUGUCAAAACCAAACAUUGGUCUGUCACUGCACGGAGACUGAGUUACAGCAGCGCUGUCAAACUAACUAUAAGUUAGCCAGCCCAGGACUAUUAGUAUAUGAUAGCUGAAUACAAACAUUUCUGGGGAGCAAAAUGUGCGUUUGGUUGAGUGGUAGCAGAGCUUUAGAAAGUUAGACAAAACUUAGCUAAUGUUAGAUUGAAAGCUUGUCAUUUUAGCUUAGCCAUGACAGGGAUAUGUUUAUUCCGCUCUGUCAACCACUGGGCUUUAACUGUGGAAUAAAAAAAAGGGGAAUGCUUCAGUUUUAAAGAGCACUGCCGGGUAAUUAUUAGUUUCUAAGGUUUGUUUAUUUGGGCAGAACGCUAACAUCUAACCCAAGGCAGAUUAAGGUUAGCCUGCUAGCACCCUAACCACGAAUCUGUUUCUGUGGGAAUUAUGAGCACCAGUAAUCGUUAUGCAAGUCGCAAACGGAAGAAACCUGUCCAAAAAAGUGAGAAGCAGUCUGCUGAAUGUGUCACAUCGAACCCAUCUAAACGACAUCGGGACCGGCUGAAUGGAGAGUUAGACAGGUUGGCCAGCCAGCUCCCCUUCCCACAAGAGGUCAUAUCCAAGCUGGACAAACUCACCAUACUGAGGCUAAGUGUGAGCUACCUGCGGGCCAAAAGUCACUUCAAUGUGACCCUGAACUCAAAGAACUCCAGCCAACUAGCAAAUAACACUAAACCACACAUUCAGGAACUUCCAGAGGGAGACUUUUUGCUACAGGUUAUAAAUGGCUUUGUGUUGGUGGUCACCUCCAGUGGCACAAUCUUCUAUGCUUCCUCCACCAUUGAGGACUACUUGGGGUUCCAUCAGUCAGAUCUCAUCCAUCAGAGUGUUUACGAUCUCAUUCACACUGAAGACCGGGCUGAGUUUCAGAAGCAGCUCCACUGGGCACUCAACCCCAGCUGCACUCUAGACGCCGGACAGCUAGUGCAAGUUUCCCACGAUUCACCACUGCCUCAGACGUACUACAAUCCAGAGCAGUUGCCACCAGAGAACUCCGCCUUUCUGGAGAGAAAUUUUGUUUGCCGGUUAAGAUGUCUCAUGGACAACUCAUCUGGCUUUCUUGCCAUGAACUUUCAGGGGCGUUUGAAGUUCCUGUAUGGGCAGAAUGAGAGGAGAGCAGAUGGGAAACCCAUCCCUCCUCAGCUGGCCCUGUUUGCCCUGGUCAGCCCUCUGCAGCCACCUUCCAUACUGGAAAUCCGAACCAAGAGCUUCAUGUUUAAAACCAAGCAUAAGCUGGAUUUCACUCCCACCGCAUGUGACACAAAAGGAAAGAUUGUUCUCGGCUACACAGAGGCAGAACUGUGUUACCGCGGUUCAGGCUAUCAGUUCAUCCAUGCAGCUGACAUGCUGUACUGCGCUGAGAACCACAUGCGGAUGAUGAGGACUGGUGAAAGUGGGUUGACUGUUUUCAGACUGUUGACUAAACAGAACCUCUGGAUUUGGAUACAGUCAAAUGCAAGACUUGUCUACAAAAAUGGGCAACCGGAUUGCAUCAUUGCCUCUCAGAGAGUCAUCACGGACGAGGAGGGUGAGGAGAACCUGAAAAAGCGUGCUAUGAUGCUUCCCUUCAGCUUUACAACAGGAGAGGCUGUUCUCUAUGACACAAACCUGCCCAGAUCUCUGGGUAACACAACACCUUGUGAUCCAACUGCUCCAGACACCAAUACCCUACUCAGAACCACUGGAACUGUAGACCCUGACUCGCUACUGGGCUCCAUGCUGAAGCAGGAUGAGUCAAUAUAUUUGGGUUCUGCAGAUGAGCGUUCUGCGUCGGUACAGGGCUUAGGGGAUGAGGAUCUCGGUGGGAUCUUCUCCAGUAACUGGCAAGGAAGUGUUAUUUCAUUCUCUGAAAGCUCUCAGUUCAAACAAGAACCAAUUGUUGGCUCUGGAGGAGAUGACAACUGUGAGAUACUGAACUUCAUGGGGAGUUUAGGCAUCAGCCCAGAAGACCUGAAGUUCCUAGAACAAGACGAACUGUUCCGCAGGAUUGACCUUGAUGGUCGGGAUGACGUGCCAGACCUCACAGAUGGCAUCUUGUCCUAUGUGCAACAGUCUCUCAGGACGAAGACGGACUGUAUAGAUGAUGUCCAGGACAAAGUGAAGGAGAAGUGUCUUCUCAGGAAGCCUACGCAGACCUUCACACCUCCACAGCAAGCUCCUGUGCUAAUCCCACAGGAUUCAUGUGAUCAUCUCACAUUUAUACCUCAGGAACAACAGAUGACUUUUACAAUUGAACAUACUCAACCAAAGUCACAACACUCCUCACGAAUACAGCCUCAUAAUGAACUGCAGGCUACUGCAGAUCUCCAAAACUGUCCUCAAGGACAGCAACACACAAUGUCUCAACCAUACAAAGGGACAGGAAUCACACAAUGCAAACUUUCACACAUUACAAUCCAAAAACACCAGGUUCAGACGACAAGCCAACAAUCACAGUGCUCAUACCUUCCACCUCUCCAUCAGCAGGUAUGUAAAACACUCAAAAAUGCUCAGGUUUGUGGGAACCUCACUGAAGUUCUUGCCAGCGACAUGCAGCAGGUUCCUCCCCUCUUCCAGGCAGAGCUCCAACAGCCUGGAUGCUUUUACCUGGAGACACCCCCUCUCGAUCUGAAGCACAAUUUCAGAAACCAUCUAAGCACUGUGUCCAUCAGCUGCUCCCAGCAGCUCUCUUCACCUUAUAUCACUGCAAGUGACACAGGUUUGAGAGAGUUCACUGCUCAGGACCUCGAGGAGCUCCUCAAUGGCCUGGAUGGUGACAUGGAGAGAAGGAGACACUCGGGACAGGAUGAAAGAGUAGGUGUUGGACCAAGCCUGGAUCAACAAGCUUACAUAGGCCAGUUUCAGAAUGGAGGCCACACAAACUAUGCAAUGGAGAGUAACACAGCACAUCUGGCACAACAUCCCGACCAGCGCCAGAACAAGAACAGACCCCAUCCAAACCUGUCUUUAGGAGGAUACGUUUGACUGUGCAGCUGACAAUCAUGAAAAAAUAAAGCAAAAAACAAACAAACAAACAACAACAAAACAAAACAAAACAAGGUGGAGCUUAGUUCUUACCUAUCAGUGCUCACCAGGCUCUGGCUAUCUUGAGUUGGCAGCUGUGGUCAUAUGAACCCAUAAUGCCUGGGCCAAAGAAGAGCACCAGUAGAAUGCAGGAGUGAAGAAAAAUUGGGGUGAAGAAGGCUGAAAAUGGACAAAGAAAGGUACAACUGUCUUGUGGCUCAGCAUGACAUGUAAGAUGAAUGAAGAACCAGCCCGCUUGGAUAAGAAUCGUUCAUCUGUGACUUCCCUGUUAUACGAACAGUGCUGUCACUGUGCUUUAAUAAAUGUCUCUUUAAAUGUUUCUCACGAGAUGUUGCAAAUCUAUUGGCCUGUCAAAAACGUGUCCCAAAGCAAUAUAUACAGUGUGAACUAACUGUAAAGAGCCUCCAACAAAUGCCAAACAAGCCUUGGUUUUCCAAAUAUGUAAUAACAUUUAUAAAGUAGGACAACAUAGCUAUAUAAUUUGCAGUUCUUCACAUGCUAGCUACUUGUUUCCUCUUUAAACCGAAGUCAAAAGACAAAUAUUGUACAGUAUAUGAUUUAUUUGGGUGAUUUACUGUACAUAGACUUCCUGUCAGGAGUAUUUUCAGUUAAGCUGAGAAUUCUUCAACAUUUUGUUAUUUUUCUUCUCUUCACUUUUUUGAAUAAUUGAAUUCAUUAAAUGGAAGAUACUUAAUUUUUUUCACAUUUUUUUUUUUUUUUGAGAGAGAGAUUUGUAAUGUUCUGGAGAAGGGUAAUCAUGGUACCGUCAUGGGUCUCUCUGUCUGGACUGUCAUUUGCGUAGUAAUUUAUCUUUAUUUGUUGUUGUUGUUUUUGGAUCAUUUAUUUUUUGGGGAAAGCUGUUAAAAUCAAGCAUAUGUAGCACUUAUGAAUAGAUUAAUUCAGCUCCUUUACAUGAGAUAUAAACUUUGACCAAACUGUAAAUCAAGCAAUGUUUGGUUGCAGGAAUAUUGUAUUUAUAAAGCACUAUUGUUAAACGAGCAGGCAAGAUAAUGUGACAGAUGAACAAACUUGUUUCUUAAUGCUUCUGGAGAGAGAGAAAAAAAAAGAAGAAAGUAAUUGGGUUGAGUUUUUUUUUUUUUUUUUUAAAGUGGACUUUUAUGCUCACCAAGGCUGUGUUUAAUUGAUCAAAAAUA